AUGACGACGAGCUGGGAAUACCCUAUGCGCCAUCCGUGGGUCAUGCCCUCCCUGAAGCGAAAGCUUUCCACCCCAACAGACUACUCAGAUACGGACGCCUCUUCACCAGCCUCCUUCCACGCAAAACGUCGGAGGUGUGACCCUCUGGAGCAUGGCCUCGCUCACCUCACCCUCAACCACGUCCCUUCAUCACCAUGGCCGUCACGAGGCAUCGUGACCGAACCCUCCGCCGGUUGCGAGGCAGCGCCCACCUCAGCCUCGGGAUCAAGCCAGCAACCGCCGCAUAUUACCCCUAUUACCCCUCUAUACUCUGAAAUGGACAUGCAGACGUCGGAUACGACACCGGUAGUGGUGCUUCCAACGUCUGUGGAAGAGCCCGUUUCCCCGGAGCAGACGGCUCCGGAGGUCAGCAUGUCUAACGGGUCGUGGUACGAGCCCGAGAAAGACAGAGUUGUAAUCACCGACCUUUCAUCUUUAGACGAGGACGAAGACGAACGGUGGGACCGGAAGCGGCCGAGUGAUUACGAGAUUUCCGAGGCGCUCCUGAGACGGCUGAAGUCCGGCUCCGGCCCUCCCUUGCCUGUGGCGAGGCAAGACGAUAGUCAGGCGCUCGUUCUGUUUCGGCCUAUCGGUCGUUCAGGACUGUAUGACGCCGAUGACUUGCCCGAGCUGGAGAGUACUGCUCACAUAGAGGAGCUUCCCGAUGACGCCGUAGUCGUGGAUUCUCCACUCAACAUAUAUCAGGACGUCCCGGAUGACGAUGCAAUGGACAUAGAAGAGUUAUGACUUCUGACAAAAUUGACAUUGCCUAUGCAUAUAGCUAUCACCGUGACAAAGAUUCUACUAACAAUUGGGGACGAAGGGAAACCGGCAAACUAAGCCUAAAAGCACCUGAAAGCAGAGGAACAAGGAAGCUGUACGAUUCGUUCACAUAACAUGUAGCCAAUCUGGCGCUGCUCAUGACGCGGCGCCUCCGAACUGUAUUUCCGGCUGCGACCCACCGGUAACGGCGCCUGCGUUAAGAUCCGCGGUGGCGCCGUUCCGGGCAUUGUUAAACACGCUUUCACGGACGAGUCCCCUGUGGUGGUGUCGCGCGUGUGCGUGGGGGUGUGGGACGUGAUGCAUCUGCAUGGCGUCGUACGGAGAGCGGACGUUCAUUUGCUGGCUGCGCGGUGCCUGUUGCGAACGCUGAUGCAUGUGGCCGCGGUGAGUCGACGACGGUGUACGGUUCAGAGGCGGCGGCUGCUGAGGCGCCGAGUGCUGGGCCCAUGGAGAGACCGACGCGUCCGCGACGUGCUGCUGCACCUGCUGCUGCUGCUGCUGCUGCUGCUGCUG